GAUUUCCGCCAUAUUCAAAAAAUAGUCACAAGCUUCUGUUAUUGUAGUUAGUAGAUUUAUUGCCAUUAUUCAGUUUAACCCUGUCAGUAGCGUAUAAUUUAAACCACCCAGACUGUGAUAUUUCAAAUGGGUGAAACCGCCGAAAUCCAAGUUUCGGUUUCCACCUCAGAGAAACCGAAAAGAUUACCGAGCUCCUAUAACCUGAAGAGGAAGCUUUCAGCUGAUGAAGAGUGUUCCCCUGAGAAAAACAACAGGGGCCCGAGGCGGUCACUGCGAAGAGGAAGCUCCUUUACGUUUCUUACCCCGGGACCACAAUGGGACUUCAGUCUGAAACGAAAGCGCAAGGAGAAGGAUGACGGUGACGCAGUCAGCCUCUGCAGCUUCGACUUCAAGAGCCUCCAGCAGUCUGCUGUUAGUGACGCCAAAGCCGGUCCCGCGAUGUAG